AUGGCAAAUACAUUGAGUCAACCGCAACAGUGGCUGGCGAUGCCAGAGCUCAGUGUAGCGGUUCCAGUAGCUGUCGCUUUACUGUCACCGUUUCUCUUGACAUACGCUUAUACAUCGUUUCGAUAUUUCCUUGCACUCUACAGUGAUGGCCCUACUCCAGCUACACCACCAUAUUUCGUGCCAAUGCUUGGGCACACUAUACCCUUCGGAUUUGAUACUGACCGCUAUCUUCGAUCCUUGAGGAGCCGAUUUGGGCAAAACCCUGUUCGUCUCCUGGUCGGUUCUGAUAUCCUCACAUUCGUGCCUCACGGGGAGAUGAUCCAAACACUUUUCAAAUCUCGUGAAGUCAAUGGAAAGGCCAUGGCGAUCAAGUCCAUAAGUGCCUUCGGCUACAAAGGGGAGGAUCUCAAGCUCCUUGACGCUGACAAUUCCGGUACCCUACCAAGUCCGAACCCCGGGUUCGAGGACUGGCCGCCGGAAAAGCGCUUCUGGUUCACCAAUUAUCGCGCAAUGCACGGUCUUCUCCAGGGCGCAACACUGGUCGAUAUGUUGUCCAAAUUCAUAGAGAAAUACACUGCACGGGUCGAAGGCAAGGGUGUCGGGUUCGAUGAAUGGACAACUAUCGAUGACCUUUUUGGAAUGAUGAAAGAUGACUUGUUCCACGCCGCGAUGCAAGCACUAUGCGGAGACCAUGUCUUCGAGGUCGCACCUGACAUGGCAGAGAAUUUCUGGAAAUUUGACUCCAGCUUACCAACUAUCUUCAAAAAAGUCCCAAGGUGGCUUGCUCCAAGCGCACAUGCUGCGAGAGACAGAGUUCUUGGGGACAUCAAGAAGUACUUGGACUAUGCCGACGAGCAUUUCGAUUGGAACAACGAGGAGCUCGUCGAUUGUGACUGGGAACCUAUAUACGGCGCCAAACUCAUGCGAGUUCGUCAGCAAAUAUUUCGGAAAAUCGGGCAAAGGAAGGAAGCCGGUCCUGCGGCCGAGCUAGGCUUGAUCUGGGCCACAAAUUCCAAUGUGAUUCCGACUGCUUUCUGGACCGUACUUGGGAUCCUGAAGUCGGAGAGUCUCAAAGCGCGUGCUGUUGCAGAGAUUGACGAAGCUUUCCAAGGUAAUACGGCCAUGGCCGCUGCUGAGAAGCUGUGCUCUAGCAAGCUGUCCAUGUCAAUGUACCACGAAUCGUUGCGAUAUGCAGUUGGGGUUAUGACGGUGCGUUCUCCAAACGCUGAUGGUUAUCGCAUCGGGAGGUGGGGUUUCAAAAAGAGCGAUAUCCUUGUGACAUCAAGCUGGGCAGGGCAUAGAGACGAAACAUUCUGGAACACAGGCAGAAUCCUUCCGGAUGGCACUGAUGAGUAUCCAGUAAAUACGUGGUGGGCUGAACGCUUCCUUGAAUACCCCAGUGAUCCUGCCAGCGGGCCAGUACGCAAGCCUGACCCAGCGAUAUACCGCACUGAGAAGAAAGCCGUACGCACACAUGAGGAUGACAAGCGUGCAACUGUUGUGACAGCAGGCACAAGUGGACAUUCAUUCCCCUAUGGAGGAGGCAUCAAGAUAUGUCCCGGGCGGUUCUUCGCAAAAAACGAAAUGAUUGCAGGCGCGGCUAUGCUUCUCAGAAUGUAUGAUAUCGAGCUGGUUGAUCCCGUUGCAGCGAGUAAGGUCGGUCUCAAUAUGCACUUCUUUCCAUUUGGUGCACUGCCUCCGGACGGGAAGGUUGCUGUAAGGAUUCGAAGGAGGAAACUCUGA